CUCUUCUUCUUCACCAAUCGCAUCAAAUUCUCUGCGAUCUGCAGCCAAUCAUCACCCUUCUCUUCAGAUUCUUCAAUGCCUCACUGUUGAUUCUCCUUCAUCUCCCUCAAUUAAUAUUUUUUUUUCUAGAUUUCGGGAUUAUAGGGUUCGGAACGAUGAACUUGGGCGACCUCAACAAGGUUUGGGAAAUCAAAGCUCUGAAGAGGAAGCCCGGGCAAGAAGAAGCCACCAAGAUGUUGGAGAAGAUCGCCAAACAGGUGCAGCCCAUCAUGCGUAAACACAAAUGGAGGGUCAAGCUUCUCUCUGAAUUCUGCCCAAGCAAUCCGUCUCUCUUGGGGUUGAAUGUUGGAGCUGGUAUACACGUGAAGUUGCGGCUCCGAAGACCAAACAGAGAUUGGGACUUCUUCCCAUUUGAUCAAGUUCUGGAUACGAUGCUUCAUGAGCUUUGUCAUAAUGUCCAUGGUCCUCAUAAUGCUAACUUCUACAACCUCUGGGAUGAACUUAGAAAGGAAUGUGAAGAGUUGAUGGCUAAGGGAAUAACUGGCGCAGGAGAGGGAUUUGACCUUCCAGGAAGGCGUUUAGGUGGUUAUUCACGGCAACCUCCGCCUUUGUCUCUCCGUAAAACUGCACUAGCAGCGUCCGAAAAGAGAUUACGAUUGGGGUCUCGUCUUCCAUCUGGGCCAAAACGUCUGGGUGGUGAUAGUGUUAUAAUGGAGGCACUUAGUCCAGUACAAGCUGCUGCAAUGGCUGCAGAAAGGAGAUUACAGGAUGAUAUAUGGUGUGGUUCUCAAUCUUGUGAACAUUCGGAUGAUGAAGAUGUUAACCAUGAACCUGCUGAGAAUCUAGUACACAAGGGGAAAAAUGUGGGAAACUCAAACCUAACAUCCAAAUAUACUCUACCAUUGGAUCUGAUGUCUCGAAAAAGAAGUCGUGAUACAGAUUCAAGUUUACCGGUUCACUCGUCUAGUAGUCCUAAAUUUGUAGAUUUGACUGUGGAUACAUCAAAAAUUGGAACUGUCAUUGAACAUAAGACUGGAUCUAAACGAAGAUGUUUUGGAUUAGAAAGCAUUUCACAUUCUCAAUCCAAUUCUCAAGAAGGAUCUAGUUCUGAAAAUUUAUUAAGUCAAUCUGGGCUACUAUCUGGUGAUAAUAGAACACUUCAUUCUGAAGAACCUGCAAUCAUAAUGCCUUUUCUAAUGCAUGUGAUUGAUGCUGGACCAACGCAGAUUUUGGCUCCCGUAUGUGAGUUGUGCGGCACGCAACAGCCAAAAGAUGUUAAUACCAAGUACGACACUUGGUCUUGUAAAUUCUGUACGUUGGAAAACACUGUAAAGUUGGAGAAAUGCUCAGCCUGUAACCAGUGGAGAUACUCUCAUGGCCCACCAGUGUCAACCCGGGCACCUAACCUUGGCACUUAG